UUUCUUUAAAGAUUAGUAUAUGGCCACCAGCCGUCUUAUACAACAAUCUUGGCCAGCAUUUUCACAUCGUGUUUGCUUUGGCUCCGGUUUUGGGAAUAGCGGAACAUGCCUCAACUCACUUCCUUCUUAGAGUUUCUCUAAAGCACGUUAAUAUUUUAAGGACAAAGAUCCCGCACAGACUUCUACGGAGAUGCGUUCUACUGUUGGUAGCCCAUCGAAGCAGUCUCCCUGAAGGGGUCUUGGCCUUUGGAAAGACUGGAGAUGAGUUGGAAACACAAUCCAAGGAGCUACAACUAUGGUUGGCAGACUACAGGCUCUGAAAGUUGGUACGGGCAACCACACCAGGGAUCAGACCCUAACACUGUGUAUAUCAAGGGUGCCUGCAAAAAUAAUGGAAGAGAAGGGGCACGAGGAGGUAUUGGUAUCUCCUGGGGUCCAGACCAUGAUCGCAGAAACAUAAGUGAUACAUAUUCUGGACGACAGACAAACCAAAGUGCAUCAUUAGAAGCAGCUACCAAAAUGAUUGAGCAAGCAAAGGCCCAAAAUAUGGACAGAGUUACUGUGUACACAGAUAACCAACUUAUCACCAAAGGUAUGAAUGAAUGGGUUGGCAAGUGGAAAGAAAACGGCUGGAAAACAAGUAAAAAUAAAGAUGUUGUCCACAAAGACCAAUUCAUUAAGCUGGAUCGUAUGACUCAGAACAUGGAUGUUGAAUGGAACUAUGUACCUGCUUGGUCUAAAGUUGAAGGCAAUGCUGAAGCUCAAAGAUUAGCCAGAGAAGCAACUAGAAAGAAGUGAGAAGACUUAACUAAAUCAAUACUUGGAAAUGGUGUUAAAGUGUCAUUCUCUUUAACCCUGCAAUAUAAUCUCCAAAUUAUUUUCUCUUUACCCUCUUCCCAGCCUCCCCCUUCAGUUUGAGCUAUCUUCCAUGGUUCUCUUUGGUAAUUUUUUUCUUCAUAUCCUUUCUCAAUUUUUUUGUGUGCUAUUUUUUCUUCAAUACUAUAAACAAAAAAAAUACUAUAUACUAUACAUACUAUAAACAUACUGUAAACAACUGUAGGAAUUGUUCCCAUGUACUAACAGUAAGAGGCAGAUAUCGUCAUCUCUGUCAUAACCAACUGAACUCUGACUUGCUCAGCUCUUGCUCCAGAUCACCUAGAAACCAAUCCAGGCUGCUUGACUGCUCACAUGACUUGGGGUAAUGGGAGUCGCCAACUUUUCCUUCAGAUAAAAUAGAUUAGGAAACCUGCUUUGCCAUCUGUGCUUUCUAAGGACUUCCUGGCUUUACCAUUUGCCCUUCUAUGUCCUACAGUAUCCCAAUAUCAUCUGACCUUCUGACAACCUAAAGAUGCCUGUCUGGGCCAUGUAAUCUGCCUUCUGGUGCAUCCUUAUGACUUUUGGGACUUAGAACUUUUUAAAAGCUUUUUAUUUACCCAGCAACUGAGCUCUCUAAUAUGUUGUCUUCCCCUCCCCACCCAGCCAAAUGUGAACUUGACCAUAGACCGUCUUUCUGUAUUUGUCAUCCAUCCCCAGUACUGAGCAUAGCACUUGGAACUUAGUAGGAAUAGGAAUUCAAUAAAUGUUUUUUCAUUAAUU